AUGAAUCGUGUCGUUGCUUCUCGUUUCUUGGCUCUCCGCCGCAGUGUUAUGAGACAACCCCAACGCAAUGGAUCCCACGGACAUGAGAUCGUCAACCCCGGACCUCCAUGUACUUUUGACUUGAUGCCAAUCCCCCAUCAAUCCUACCAACAGGUCCACGGAGAAUUGAACGCCAAAUUCAACACCAUGCUUGCUGUCGGUUUCACCAGCUUUGUUCUGUCCUUCGCCUAUGCCGUAUACGAAGAUGUAUUCUCUUUCGAAGCUAUGCGUGCUCCCAAGUUCUACCGUGAACGCAAAUAG